AUGCCCCGUCCCAAGGUGAAGCCGCAGGACCGAGUUCGGUCAGUCCGGGCCUGCGAUGCCUGCAAAAUCUCCAAGAAGCGCUGCGAUGGGGCUCUUCCCUGCAUUCUUUGUUCGAGGAAAGGCCUUGCCCGAACCUGCGCCUACACUGCACCGCGGCGGCGACGUCUGCUGUCUCCCCAGAGCGUACCCGAAAGGGAGGCCAUGUCGGUGGAGGUGAACCUCUCACCGAUACUCACCACUAGCAGCGGCGGCAAUUGCCCGUCAAUUGAUGUGCUAAUGGCGCUAGAUGAGACACCCGGACAACCGCAGCCGUCACUCCAGACCGACCUGCGUCACUCGGAGAGCAUGACCACGGCGGUUGCGGACGGUCCCGGCCAACACCCGGUCAUGCACUCCAACCCCCGCUCCCAGGCUCCCUCAACACCAGCCCAGAAGCCCGUCAUGCUCUCAUGUUCCACCGGUGAGAAAGUAAUCAUCGGCACUCCGGCUGCCAUCUCGUUCCUGCGGUUCCUACAGACGACGUUGAAGGAUUGUGUUGGCCCAUCGGGCUUUACCGACGACCCAGUUAGCCGCAGACUAUUCGAGGUUGCCACGCCCGAUGACGUUGAUACAGCCAGCUUUGAUGAUGAUAUACCCGACGAAGAGAGAGGGGCGUUAAUACAAUGCUUCCUAGAUGUGUCUAGUGGGUUCCUGGAUCUCUUCACGCCAGAAGAAAUCGCUCGAAUCGUAGAACGACCCCGAGCACACGGAUCCCAAACUCCAGGGCGCAGAAUCCCUCCUCGGGGGAUCGAGAGAACGGACCUCGCAUCGCUAUAUCUCAUGAUCGCCAUCGGUGCUCAAUGCCGCGGCGAGCUUGGAUCGGGCGCCGACGGGAUUACCGAUUCCACGCGUGUCAGGGCCGGGAGGUACUUCUCUGUGGCGCGCAAAAUUGUCUUUGAGGGGAUGCUCGAGGAUCCGACCGUCCACUUAGUCCGCAUUUUCUUGCUUAUGGCCUUUUACAUGCUCGGAGCGUGUCGACGAAAUUCGGCCUUUAUGUAUAUUGGCGUGGCAUCUAAGUCGGCAGAUAUUCUCGGACUGCAUGCGGCGGCAAAUGUCAGACACUUGCCGCUAGUUGAGCGGGAGACAAGCUCCAUUCUCGGCCGCCAGAGUAGCUCUUUAACCCUCCGCUCCGAUGGGCUACAACUGCCACCUGGCGGACCGUUAUCGUCAAAUGGAAGUAACAGCUAUUCCUCCCUAGCCGUGUCUGCGGCCUACGAGCUAUCUUUGAUCUUGGACGACAUCGUCCGCUUCUGCACUCUCGCCGAUGACGGCCGAUUGGAUGACCGUACUGCUGAGACCUUCUUUCGGACUCUCCGAGCAUGGAGCCAGGCCCUCCCAGCUGAGCUCCGGCAGCGGCCGCGGAAUUCACGCAGCAAAGAUGCCUCCGUUGACUCCGAUCCUAAUCAUCGACAAGUAAUGAUUGGGAACGUUCAUCUAGCUGGGAUGUACUACUUUAGUGUUAUUCUCGUAACGCGCCCGUCCCUGGUUCAACACGUCAUACCGUACUUGCGGGGUGAGCAGCUGCCGCCCCGGCCGGGGACAAUGGGAUUCCAAUCUGAUCAAGGAGAGAGCUCGAAGGCCACAGAGCUCUCGCAGGCGUGCAUUGAGGCCGCCACCUAUAUGAUACAGAUGUGCCGUGAUGCCAUGGAGGCCCGAAUAUUGUGGGGAAAUAUGUGCAUCUUGAAGGCCUGGAUUUUUGCUGCUGGUCUCGUUCUCGGCUUUCCACUCCUCGUCGAUUCCGGCGCCACCAUCGAGACCAUCGACGCAUUCCACACCUCGCGCCACCUCCUACGCGAUCUCGGCCGCCUCAGUCCACAGGCAGCGCAGUACCAGCAGAUCCUCGGCGCGUUCUCAGAUGCCAUUACCUCGUACCGAGAUCACACGAAGCGCGAGCGGCGCAAGUCACGGUCUCUUUUUGUGGAGCCCGUCUUGUCAUUUGAAGGCUUGUCGGGGGAGGAGAGCGGUGGCGGCGGCGGCGGCGGCGGUCGAAGUGGGACAGCGACCAAUGCCGGAGGGACACAAUUGCCGACGCCCGAGUUUACAGCGUGCGACGAUGAGCCCGGGGAGGAAGAGGACGUCGGACAUCAGCGUGGAGAUGAUCCGUUAGCGUAUCUAUCCGACUUCUUGGGAGUGCAAGGAAAUCAGGGCCCGGGAAUGGCUCCGGCCGAUGAUGACUUGUUGCUCCGGCUUUUUUGGGAUGGGUUUACUGUGGACUUCAUGGAUCCAAUCCCACAGGGCGAUCAGGGUGAGGAUGGUCUGGGUUGA